CGUUCCAGUGCAGCGUGAGGGACGUGUUUGGAAGCAGAUUUCGGAAGCGCUCCAGUCCGAUCGGAUGCUACCGAGCGCACAGGCCAGAAACGGUCACUAGCCAUCGAACCAGCUGGACGCAUGUGGAAUUCCAUCGAGACCGGGGGUUCCUCUGGCCGCAGUGAUGAAACGAAAGCAGCGUCGCUACAGAACGACAUUCAACUCGCUCCAGCUGCAGGAGCUCGAGCGUGCCUUCCAGCGAACCCACUAUCCGGACGUGUUCUUCCGCGAAGAGCUUGCGGUUCGUAUCGAUCUGACCGAGGCGCGCGUACAGGUCUGGUUUCAGAACCGACGGGCCAAAUGGCGCAAGAGCGAAAAGACGACCGUCGGCGGUGAGCCCGACUCGCAGCAGGAUCAACAAGACCAACAGCAGCAACAGCAUCAGCUCUCCACGUCAUCCUCAUCGUCGACGGCCACUCUAUGCCCACGUGCUGACGCGACGGGUGAGAGUGUGCUCGGCGAGGUAGGCAUACUGGUGGAUACGAGCGAUGGACCAGGCGGUACCAGAAUGCUCGACGACGACGAGGACGACGAUGGAUUGGGCCUGCCGGACGAAGUACUGCACGGGAUGGGCGGGACACUUAAAUCUCAGCACCAUACCCAGACCGGCGGCGUUGGUGGUUUAGGUGGGUUAGGAAAGAGUGCAGGACUGAGUGAUCCAAUGUCGAGUGAACAAUCUGGACACCAUCAUCAUCAGCAUCAUCAUCUACAGCAUCACCUGCCACAUCAGCAGCAACAUAUAGGUCCCAGUUCUAGAGCUUCCCUGCUCGACGCGGUAGACGUAACGCUUCCGGGAAGCUCUAGCACAUCCGGGCUUACUUUUGACGGUGGUUCGCUGCACAGUAUGACACUCGGUCUGCCAGACGAUCCAACCGGGUCGGGUACGGUGAGCACCUCCGGGUACAGUGUGGUGGAUGCGGACUUACCACGCCUCACCAUUGGAUCGCUCUCAUCUCCCGGUCGCCUGUCGCCCAAUCUGUUCCUUAACCUUAACUUCGACCACCUUAACUCGCUGGAUGGCAGUCGGUCCAGUAGUUUGACGUUCGAGUGGAACAGCUUCACCGGAACCACUACCACGUCCUCCAACUCGACUAAGCUUACACCCUCGGGUGCAUCGUACACCAGCUCCAUGAAUCCCUCAACCGAUGGUCUAGGGACGGUGAACGUGUCUGGUGUCAGUCAGGAUGGUGGUUGUUGCUCACUCCACCCAAACGAUGGUUCCACCCAACAACAACCGUCGUUGCAUCAUCAACCUCAAGAGCAUCACCAGCACCAGCAACACCAUCACCAUCAACAGCAGCAUCCGGCCUCCGUAUACGAUGACGAAAUGAAAUUUCUGCACGUGGACCACUUCGGUGCUAUGGAGAGCUUCAAGCAUGAAUCACUAUUCAACCUCGAUCAAACCCUGCUCAGUGCAUCUGGAUCCACCGAUCAACCACUCACACUGCUACAGCAACUACCAUCACACCCUCAACACCACCAUCAACAGCAGGUGUUGUGCGGCUCACACGCGAGCCAAAAGAACUCUCUUCAACAACAACAGCAGCAGCAACAGCAACACCACCACCAUCACCAUCAUCACCACCAUCAUCAUCCACACCAUCAGACGGCCACACCGCAUCACCAUACGCAUCAUGGCCACCAUCAUCUUGGUGUGCUGGUCGAUGAACUAUCUGGCUUCCCGUCGCUCGGUGACCAUUCCGGUUCGGGUGGUGCCGUUGACGAUGAGCCCGGUCAACCGGGAACAACCGUCUGUGUGGACGAUCCGCAACGGGCAUCGCCGUCAGAGCUACUCGAUCUAGAGCGUCCGAUCAACAUACACAUCAACGUGGAGGACGGUCUCGAUACGCUGCACACAGAUGACAAGUUCUGACGCCACCACCAACAGCAGCACAAC